GAUACUUUUAUGGAUCGCUUUGAUAAACGAGCAGGUGGUUCGUAGCAGAAAUAGUUUGAGGCAUGGUUUUGUUAGCAUGUUUGUGCGGCUGUUGUCGCCUUACAGCCUUCUAUUAUUAGGGUCCUCUAUGGGUCCCGGUGUCAGCUCUAUUUCCCAUUUUCUUUAAUUUAUUGUCCGUGAUGUCGCGUUUUAUCGCGACACUGGCGUCCCUUGCAAACUCCCAGCCGACUGUGUCGCGCCUGUUUCGGGUUUUCCACGGCAGCUCCCUGUGAUAUUUGGGUGAAAACAAACCAGGAGAUGGUGACCUUUUUCAGUGCCAGGAGCGAAGCGGGGGUGAGCGGCGAUUUGUGUGAAGGAGGGCAGUUGAAUUCCAGAAUUGGGCAACUCCAAGGAAAAGCAGCGCUGUCAGCUGUCCCUACUCAGGUCCAAGGGACACCAAGUGACCCGUGUAACACAUUUGGCAUCUGACCCAUUUGUUGCUGUUCAGGGUCAACAACCCAACUGCCUAAUCUCACUAUCUGCCUCGUCUUCUCUCAUCCAAGUGUUAAUAUCUUGAUUUUUAUAUAUAUAUAUAUAUAUUUUUUUUUUCCCUUUGAAAGUGGGCCGCCCCCUCCUUUUUUUUUUUUUUUUGCCUUUAAGGAAUGACUAAGAAGUUUAUAAUGAGCUCUGUGAGAAGUGGAAAGAAAAGCAUCAGUGCAGCCAAAACUAACAGUUGAACUGAACGGGAUCACUCUGAGUCAUAGUACCAAGUUAUCUGCAAAGUUACAAGAAGAUUUCUUCAUUUGAAAAACUUUUACCAUGUUGGAGCUCUGCAUAACCCCAUAUCUAGCACUGAGGAAAAACUUGGAUCCAAAUAUCGUGAUGACUUAAUGAACGAUUGAAAGACUUUUCUCUGGGGGGAAAAAAAAGAAAAUCAGGCAAAUCUGGUCCCGUUUUCUGUCGUCGCCGUCUCGCCCCCUGCCUUUUAAAUCCUUUCUUUAUUUUUACCCGUGUCUGCAUGAGGUGCAGGGAUGCCGCAUCACGUCGACCGCAGUUCAUGAGAGAGAGGUUUACGGUGGAGCAGAGUGGGAAGACAGGAAAUGACAGAGUGCCUGACAGAAUGCAAGGCGCUGGUGACUCCAUCCACGCGCAACGGUCACCGCGUCUUCAGCUACACGUUGGAGAGCCACACCUCGGCCGCCUUCGCCAUCAUGAACGAGCUGCGCCUGGAGAAGCAGCUGUGCGACGUCACCCUGCGCGUGCGCUACAAGGACCUGGAGGCGGUGGACUUCGUGGCUCACAAGGUGGUGCUGGCCUCGUCGUCGCCCGUCUUCCGCGCCAUGUUCACCAACGGCCUGAAGGAGUGCGGCAUGGAGCUGGUCCCCAUUGAAGGGAUUCAUCCCAGAGUUAUGGACCGAUUGAUUGAGUUUGCCUACACUGCCAGCAUCUCUGUGGGGGAGAAGUGCGUCAUCCAUGUGAUGAACGGCGCCGUCAUGUAUCAGAUAGACAGUGUGGUCAAGGCCUGCUGCGACUUCCUCGUCCAGCAGCUCGACCCCAGCAACGCCAUCGGCAUCGCCAGCUUUGCUGAGCAGAUCGGUUGCACGGAGCUCCACCAGAAGGCCAGAGAAUACAUCUACAUGAACUUCAGCCAGGUUGCAACCCAGGAGGAGUUUUUCAACUUGUCCCAGUGCCAGCUGGUCAACCUCAUCAGCCGCGAUGAGCUCAACGUGCGUUGCGAGUCCGAGGUCUUCCAGGCAUGCGUGGCCUGGGUCCGCUACGACCAGGAGAACCGGCGACCGUACGUCCAGGCCUUACUCCAGGCUGUCCGCUGCCAUUCCCUCACUCCCAACUUCCUGCAGGCGCAGCUCCAGUCUUUGGACUGGGACCCUCAGUGUAAAGACUACUUAGCUCAGAUCUUCCAGGACCUCACACUCCACAAACCCACCAAAGCCGUUCCUUGCCGAACUCCCAAGGUACCGCAGCUCAUCUACACCGCAGGGGGAUAUUUCCGCCAGUCUCUGAGCUACCUGGAGGCCUACAACCCCUGUACAGGUGCCUGGCUUAGGCUGGCUGACCUGCAGGUUCCCCGCAGUGGGCUGGCAGCCUGCGUCAUCAGCGGACUCUUCUACGCCGUCGGCGGCAGAAACAACGCCCCUGACGGGAACAUGGACUCCAACGCGUUGGACUGCUACAACCCUAUGAACAACUGCUGGCACCCGUGUGCGCCAAUGAGUGUUCCAAGGAACCGAAUUGGGGUCGGCGUCAUCGAUGGCAUGAUUUAUGCGGUUGGCGGUUCACAUGGGUGCAUCCAUCACAACAGCGUGGAAAGGUAUGAUCCGGAGCGGGACCAGUGGCAGCUGGUGGCCCCAAUGUUAACGCGGCGUAUUGGUGUGGGUGUCGCCGUGAUCAACCGACUGCUUUACGCCGUCGGGGGUUUCGACGGCGCCAACCGGCUCAGCUCCUGUGAGUGCUACUAUCCAGAGAAGGACGAGUGGAGGACCAUGGCCCCCAUGAACACUGUGCGGUCUGGAGCUGGUGUGUGUGUGCUGGGUAAUGAAAUUUUUGUGAUGGGUGGAUACGACGGCACCAACCAGCUGAACACAGUGGAGCGCUACGACGUGGAAACGGAUACGUGGAGCUCUGCCGCCUCCAUGAGGCACAGGCGCAGUGCGCUGGGAGUCACUGCUUUACACGGACGCAUUUAUGUGUUAGGAGGCUACGACGGCAACACUUUCCUGGACAGUGUGGAGAGCUAUGACCCAGAGACAGACAGCUGGUCGGAGGUCACCCACAUGACAUCGGGGCGGAGCGGCGUGGGCGUGGCCGUCACCAUGGAGCCGUGCCAAAAGGGUCUGUCUCGGAGUCAGAAGACCGAGAGCUUCGAAGGCUCGAUCGUCCAGUCCGUCAGCUCCGAUUUUAGCCAGUGUGAACCGUUUAGCUAAGGCACAUGAAUGUUUCCACACGCCCUCAUACGUUGUUGAGCCGCCCUAAUGUUUAGCUCUGCUCUGUAUAAAGUAAGGGCAGACGUGUGCGGAACACCACAUCCUGCCUCAUUGACUUAAGGUGAAUCAACACGAGUCGUAUCUUAUUGUCCGUGCGCUGCUGAUUCUCUUCUGUAAGGUGGAAAUUAGCAGCACUGAGCACAUGACCCCUCAGUGCAUCUGUUCUACAGCCAACAGACCAUUUUCAACCAGAAAAGGGCUGGAAAUUGAAAUGUAUUUUAUUGGCUCAAAAAACUCAUCAGGUCAUUUUUUUUAACUGAUUGAAUCUGAUAGGGAAACUACAAUAGGACUAAAAGUAGCAGGCCGUAGUAUUUAAAGUGCCAUUACAGUGCCUGGGGGGGGCUUUGUUAUUACUAUAGUUAGUAUAACGUGUCCUUGGAAAGGAGCAUACCUCUUAACAUGAAGUCCAUGCAUGACAAUGGGCCUCAUGCAAGAAUGUUUUAGAGCUUUCCACAAAACAUUUAUGACUUUUUUUUUCAUUCCCAAUAUUUGAUUAAGAAGUUGCCGUUUCCAGACGGAAAUGCAAAAUCUGCAUCGGGUGUAGCAGAAACAUUUGGAUCAGCUGGCAAACAGUAACUUCUAGUGGUUUUACUCUGCUGUAAGUAAAGAAUUCUGUUUACUAGCUCCCCUGCUUGUAAAGAUGUGUAAAAAGUCUUUAAAUAAAUUCAUGCUUUAUUAUAGCAGCACAUUAAAGAUGUUCUAAAAACACAACAUUUGCAUAACGUACAAAAAACACAUUAAGAAUGUAAUUUACACUGCAGAAACUCCCUGCCAAAUAUGUGUAGCUAAAGAAUUUGUUUUAAUCAUUCUUUUUUAGGUUGAUCUUAGUUUAUAAAAACUUGUGAUUAUUAAUUUGAGCUGUACCAGAGGCGCAAGUGUUUUAGUCAAUACCAGUAUAAGAAUUCCCAUUUGUUUUGCCACAAUUCCCAGUGAGCAGAGUAAAAAAAAAAAAAAAAACACUCCUGAAACACU